CCUCUUCCUGCUUGCUAACUCUACAUUGACACUGAGGAGCAAUUGACGCCCAGGUAGAUAUUACAAUCACAUACACACAUAGCACUUAACCCACUCAAGUUCACAGAGAAGGAAGCGAGAAAAGACCGAGGUAGCUGGUUCCUUUUUCUGGAUAGCUAACCUGGGUCACCUGGAUAGCUAACACACCUGUGUGAGCUUCACUGGAGAAUGUAGCUGCAGCCCUCCAGCCAAGCCACAGGAAACACACCAACAUGGGAGAAGCUCAAAAGGGCUUACUCUCUGUUAUAGAGAAACUGAAGGGAUCCACAGAGCAGGAGGUCAGGAUAGUGCUACUGGGGUUGGACAACGCUGGCAAGACCACAUUGCUGAAAAGCCUCGCCUCUGAGGACGUAAACACUAUCACACCAACACAGGGCUUCAACAUAAAGAGUGUCGCCUCUCAUGGCAUGAAGCUCAACGUUUGGGACAUUGGAGGGCAGAGGAAGAUCCGGCCCUUCUGGAAAAAGUACCUGGAAAACACAGACCUGUUGAUUUAUGUCAUUGACAGCGCAGACAAGAAGCGGUUUGAGGAGACGGGUCUGGAGCUGUCCGAGCUGAUCGAUGAGGAGAAUUUAAAGGGCGUUCCAGUGCUCAUCUUUGCCAAUAAGCAGGAUCUGGCCACAGCAUCACCGGCCAGUGAGAUCGCCGAGGGACUGAAUCUGCAUACAUACCGGGACCGCGAGUGGCAGAUUCAGGCCUGCUCAGCUGUGUCAGGGGAGGGAGUACAGGAUGGCAUGAACUGGAUCUGCAACAACAUUGUGAACAAGAAGAAGUGAACCCACAUUCUCAGACUCCAUCAACUAAAGUCACACCAAGGAGCAGCAUAAAAUGAGGGAUUAUAAAAAUAUGCCCUUUCAUUCACUGUCUGCGGGCCUCAUCUAUAACAGGUUCUGCUCCCCUCACAGAUCUGAAUGAUUUUGUUUUUACAAUCUGUGACAUUUUUAUGAAUAUUUUGCAACUGUAGCUAAUAUAAAGAAAUACUUUAGCUACAGUAAGUGAAUUAGGAAGUUAUUAAUGACUGUUCUGUCCUGAAAAUGUUUGUUUUUGUUCCCUUCAUCCCAGUGAUCCUUGUCUGGUGAAUCUGUGAGCUUUGUUAAACAAUGACAAACCCAAGUUGAGUGUGUAGCCAUGUAGGACUGUUGCGGUUUGUCAGUUACAUAGAGACCAGUUCAGUGUGAGUGUAAAGUAUGUGUUUUGAGAUUUUUGACAUUAAAAUGACUAGUCAUUUC